GUGGCAUGGAGCAGCUUGAGCACUCCUUCCUGAAACUUGAAAGGGCGUCACGUUGAAGAAGUCAUUGUCGGCACCAGUUUCAGGGCGGCUACGGUAUGGCCCCUGAAGAAUUUGCCUCUUUUCAGCUCCAUUCGCUGGGCAGCAACAGCUAGUGGGACUCCUCACAGGUAUUUGCAGACUGAAGAUCCGAUAUUGGCUUGGUCUCUUCCGCCCGGUUCCCGCUCUAUCAGACAAGGUCAAAAUUUUCCUACUUCUUAGUCAAGGAUGGCGGCUGUUGUUGAGGACGUGCCGCGAUCAUCCGAGAGCGAUCAACAUCUUCUCCAGGAGUCGACAAGUCUGUCCGGAGCAGUGGUCGCAGAUCCACUGAGCGGCGCCAACGUGAGCACUCUUAGGAAUCAUGUAGGAGGAGCCUAUGACGAUGUGACACCUGUUGGCUCCCCGGAGGUGGUAGCUCCAGAAACAGUCAGCUCAGGAGAAAGGCUGAAGGAGCCGCCAGUUUCAGCGGACGGUCUGCCAAAGAAGCUGCUGAUCUUAGACGUGAACGGCUUCCUUAUUGACACCAUGUUCAAGUUUGACAAGGGCAAGCCGACCCUGCGGGAGCAUGACGGCACUGUCAACAACUUUCUGAUUUACAACCGGCCGCACUGCGAGGACUUCAUCAAGUUCUGCCUGGAUAACUUUGUGGUGGGGGUGUGGUCAUCUGCGCGAAGACACAAUGUGGAAGGUCUAACUCGAUACAUAUUUGGGGAGGCGGUCAGUCAGCUGGCCUUCAUUUGGGGCCAGGACCAGUGCACCAACACCGGCUUCAUGCACCCCGAGAACCGCAACAAGCCCAUUUUCCUCAAGGAGCUCCGCAGGGUGUGGGAGUCCCCCCCUUUCAGUGGCGUCUACGGCCCCAGCAAUACGCUCCUGAUCGACGACUCCGCCUAUAAGGCCCUGCGGAAUCCGCCGUACACGGGAGUCUUUCCGAAGACGUAUGUCGCUGACGGGCGCGAACAAGACUGCCUCGCCCCUGGCGGUCGCAUCCGUUCGUUUUUGGAGGGUGUCCACGUGGCCGCGGACGUCCGUGAGUACGUCAAAGCGCACCCGUUCGGUCAACCCGGGAUCAGCGUCGGCCCCGACUGUUCGGUCGAGAUAACCGGGGAGGUUAGCGCCCGGGUUAGGGAGGAGACCCAGGCGAGUUUUGAGCAGUUUAUCCGGAAGCAGAGAGAGCAGCAAAGUACCCGAGGGAGCGCACCGAGUCAGGAGUCUGCUGAGGGGUUAGCAGUGGGGUUAGCGGACGGCUUAGCGAGGGGGCAAGCAGACGGGUUCGCAAAUAGGUUAGCAGAGAAAGCGGCCCAGCAAGUGAAAGCGGGAAGUUCAAGUCGGUUCGAAGAUACUUACCGGAUAGAAGAAAGUCGAAAAGCUGAGUGGCAGAGAGCAAACGGGGGUCAGGGUCUGUGGCGGGAUCCGCCCCGUCACGCAACGGGUGAAGACAUGGACUUCGGAAACCAGAACGGUGCCAGGUGGCAAGGCGUGGAAAGCGGCGGGGUGGGGGCAAGGAGUCGCUUCUCGAGGCAGUUCGAGACGAAUGGUUUUGAGAGGAAUGGUUUUCGGGGACAAAACGAAGGCCGGUGGCCGGAAGCAAGGCCAAGCUACGAGGCAAUGAAAGGACCAAUAGACGCGGGCUGGUCGGAUGGUGAAGGAGCGACCGGUGGAGUCUACCGGGAGAGGACGCGGUCGCCGGUUGGUGUGAGGAGAGCUCCGGAAACCGAACGCCGGCCAAUGCGGAACGGGUACCCGAGGGAGUCUGGUUGGAAUGCUGAGGCGGGCUGGGGUGGAAACGGUUGGGAAAGACCGCGCUGGGAUACGUUUGGACUCCGGGAAGAGGGGUGGGACUCGGAAAAGCUCCCGGUUGACGCACGCGUGACGGGAAGCGCGCCGGCACAGAUUGAAAACGGGUGGGGGCAAUCGGGCUGGGAAAGUAAGGCCUCGUUUGGGUACGAGCGCGCAGGAUUGCAAGAAUGGACGGGGUUUUCACACUGGGCUGGCCCGGCUCCUCGGCCUGGUGUGCAUCGGCAACCGGAGGAAGCACAGAGGGAGAGGACGUGGCAAGCCAACGGGACGGGCCGGCCGCCCGGCGCAAGUUUCUGGGAGCCCUCUACUAGUUACAACCGGUCCUGGGAGCCUUCUACCAGUUACAAUGGGCCACCUCCUCCGGGAAACGGAUUUGUUCCAUCGAACGGGUUCACCAGGAAUGACUGGGGCGCAGCCCCAGGCUUUGAUGGUCGUCGACCUCAAGAUGGGGGGCUGUUGCCUUUUGAGUGGCAGUCUCAUGGACAGUUUCCGGUUGAUGGUCCAUUUUCAAAUGGCGUGGUGCCGCUGCCCCCGUUUCGUGAUUACAGGCAAGUAACUGAUCCAGGUUUGAAUGGUCGGGGAGCUCGAGUCCAACACACAUACGUCAGCCAAGAGUACAAGCAAUAAUGCUGUGGUUGACCAAGUGCUGUUUACGGCCUUGCCUGCAAAACUAGGACUUGGUGGCAUGUUGUUUGCUGAAAGUGAAGUCUCAAUCAACUCGCGACAACUCUUCUUGGAAAAGGGGCGGAAAAGUUCAGCACCGUACUUAAUACAUGCACUCGACGGGCCGCGUACUUUAUACAUGCACUCGACGGGCCGGCAAGCCUUGAAAGCAAUGGGUGCACUCUUCAGUUCAUUGGGGAGGCUUCCGUGCACUUAGCGUGCAACAUCUAUUGCUGCAUAGGAGAAUAUAUGUUGAGGAUCUUU